UAUUCCUCACACACAAAAUUUCUUACCAAAAAAUCAAAAGGGUUCUAUUUUCUUUUUUUUUUUUUUAAGUCAAAAUUUCAUUUGGGUUUUCUGUUUUUGAGUUUUAGCAAUUGUUUUUGUAACUUGCUCUCAUCAAUUUUGAGCUAAAGUUUGUUUUUUUAUCAUGGGUUUUUGUUUUCUUUGCUGAAUCUGUUAUGUUUCUAAGGGUUUGUGUAUUGUAGUUGAAUUAAGCAAGAUUCCAUUUUUAUUGUUAUAGUGUCUUCUUUUGUAUAUUUAGGAUCUAAUUCCAUCUGGGUUUUCUUUCUCUUCAAGGAAUUUGAUUGGUUUUGGGUAUUUCAUGGAUGCUAUAAGUGAAUUGGUGUAGACUUUGUUGGAAAAAUGAAGUGAAGUUAUUUUUCUUCUUGGUGGUGAUUUAGUUGAAGAUUGAUUAAUUAAUAUAGAUACAAAUAGUGAAAAAGUUAUGGCAGCAGAAUCAAAUACUGGUUUUCACUAUGGUGAUAUGAAUUCAUCUUUGAAUUGGCAUGCAAUAUCAUUUCAAUCUGGUGCUGUUAGUAGCUUGCCUGAGAUGGUUCCAAUGGGAAAUUAUUUUGGGUUGAAUAAUGAUACUUCUGGUAUGAUGUAUUCGGGGAAUUCGAGCAUUGUUAAUAGUAAUUCUCAUGUUAUAAGUCAACAAGGGAAUGCAUCUGGCUGUUCUCUUCUUGUUGAUUCUGUUCCUGGAUUGAAGCAUGACGCUGGUUUGGCUGCUGAGUGGUCUGUUGAUGAACAGUAUAAAUUGGAGGAAGGGCUUCUCAAGGCUAGAUACGCUGAUGAGCCGAGUAUCAUGAGGUAUGUCAAAAUUGCUGCUUCAUUGCGUGAUAAAACUGUUCGUGAUGUUGCUUUGAGGUGUAGGUGGAUGACUAGAAAGCGAAGGAAAUCAGAAGACCACAUGUUAAAGAAGGCCAACAAUAGGAAGGAUAAGCCAGUGGAGUCAUCACCAAAGCAGUAUUUGCAGCCAGUUGUAACCACAUAUUCUUGUAUACCGCACCAUAUGGACAGAAGUCAACGGAUAGUGUAUGAUGAUGGAGUUUGUGGUCCAAUGAAGCGACUAUUGGAGCAAAAUGCUCAAGCUUUUAGUCAGAUCAAUUCCAAUUUAUCAACUUUCAAGUUGCAGGAUAACAUCGACCUCUUGUGUCAGACACGGCGCAACAUUAGUACCAUUCUUGAUGACAUGAGAGAGAUGCCUGGUAUAAUGAGCCAAAUGCUCCCACUUCCCGUGUCGAUUGACGAGGACCUGGCAUGUAGUAUAUUACCUAAUAAAACUCAGCUAGGAAAUUUCUGACUCCUUCAAGAUUGCCUACUCAAAGUUGACCAAUGUAGAGAGGUUGGCAUUUUUCAUGUGUAAGUCAAUUGUUUUGGUGCUACAUGGGAUCGAGGAGCCGCAUCGUAACCAAUAUCACACUAUCUCAAAACUUUUUGAGAGUUUCUAAUUGAUCUUUGAUCUUACUUUUCUUGUUUGUCUAUUUUGUUUGAAGGAAUAUUUGCACUUCUAUUGUAUAAAUAUUUGCAAAAAGUAAAAAACGAUAGGAAAGGAACUAGUGUAACAAUGGUAUGAGCUUAUUCACUGGUUUUGGAUUAUUGGUUAUUCUAUCAUGGCUUAGGAACUGAUGUAGAUCUUUGAUUCUAGUUUGCCAUGGUUGAUACUAGCUGUUUUGUAAUAUGUAAAUGAAAAUCAUUAUUUACAUUAUUUCAUGGUUGUACAUGAAGAGAACAAAUUAGUGUCA